GUUGCUCGUAUCGUCCACUAUCUCCGCCAGCGGCUGGUUGGAAAGACCAUUGCCAGCGCCGCAGCCAUCGAUGACAACAGUGUCUUUGGCAAGGUUGGCACCAGCGGCAAAGAGGUCGAAGCGGCUUUGAAAGGCAGAAAGGUCAUCUCUUCCGGCUCACAAGGCAAAUACUUUUGGAUAACAUUUGACAAACCGCCACAUCUGGUAAUGCACUUUGGCAUGACGGGCUGGGUCCACAUCAACGGCGAACGAACCGCCUACACAAACUACUACAAGAAAAUGAAAGAAAGCGACAUCGCCCAGUGGCCCCCCAAGUUCUGGAAGUUCCACCUCACCACCGACGCCAAAGACGGCGACCCCGUCCAAGUCGCCUUCACCGACGCCCGCCGCUUCGGCCGCGUCCGCCUCGUCGACUGUCCCGGCGACGCCAUCCGCCAGCACUCCCCCCUCGUGGAGAACGGCCCCGACCCCGUCGUCGACAAGGACAUCUUCACGGAAACCUACCUGCGGGACAAGAUGAAGAACCGCCACGUCCCCGUCAAGGCGUUCCUGCUCGACCAGGCCAUGAUCAGCGGCAUCGGCAACUGGGUCGCCGACGAGACGCUCUACCAGGCCAAGCUCCAUCCCGAGCAGUACUCGGAUACAUUCUCCGCUGCGGAAAUCAAGCGGCUGCACGAGGCCAUUCGGUACGUCUGCCAGCUGGCCGUCGACAAGCUGGGCGACUCGGACCAGUUCCCGGAUCACUGGCUCUUCAAGCACCGCUGGGGAAAGGGCGACAAGGGCGCGGCGACGAAGCUGCCAAACGGAGAGAAGAUUGCAUUCAUUACGGUGGGCGGGAGAACGAGCUGUUAUGCGCCGGGCGUGCAGAAGAAGACUGGCGCGGUUGUUUCUGGCGCAAAGGAGGAG